GUGGAAGUGCUCAUUCGAUUCGAAGACAGUGUUGUGAAAAUAUCGAUUGUGGUUUGUGAAGUGCUGUGUGUGGAUUCUAGUGUUUUUGCCAGACCGGAAAAUACAAAAUGCUAGGCUCCCGGUGGCCUGUCCUGUGCCUGCCGAUCCUGCUGGCCUCGGUCUGCGGAAGCGACAUCCUCAUGGUCACCAUGGGCGGCACCAAGUCACACAAGAUGCCGUUCUGGGAGCUCUCCAGAGGUCUUACCAGGAGAGGCCACAACGUGACAUUCAUGAGCGCCUUCCCGCCUGACUUCCACAUCCAGGGCCUGGAGGAGAUAGCCCCCGAAGGUCUGGUGUCCUACGUGAGGAACUAUAUGACGUACGAUCUGGUGGGAGCCAGGAUGAGGGGGGAAGAACCGCUGCCUGUGAAAGAUAUCUUCAGAUACGGAUAUGAGGCCUGCGACGCGUUUCUGAGCGACAUUGAGACGCGCGCCCUCCUCCGUUCCGGGCGGAACUUCGAUCUGAUCAUCCUCGACGGCACCUACCCCGAGUGCGCCUUUGGCAUCGUUUACAAACUCAAAGUUCCGUUCAUGUACAUCAACACAGUCGGCUUCUACGCCAUGCCACUAAGUAACUCAGGGAGCCCUACUCCAUUCUCGGUCACCCCGUUCUUCGGCAAAGCUUAUACGGACAACAUGGGCGUUUUGGACAGAGCUAUGAACGCAGCUUGGUAUAUCGGAGCUUACACCAUGCAUAGCGUCAUGGCUGUGUUCCUCCAAGGAGUGCUAAGGAGACACAUUGGGCCAGAGAUGCCUCAUGUAUAUGAUAUGGCGAAGAAUGUGAGCUUUAUUCUACAGAAUGGCCAUUAUUCUGUGUCGUACCCGAGACCGUAUUUGCCUAAUGUUGCGGAGGUCGCGUGUAUACAUUGCAAGGAGGCGAAGAGGUUGAAUCCGGAUAUUGAAGACUGGAUCUCCGGCGCCGGCGACGCUGGUUUCAUCUACAUCUCCAUGGGAUCGUCCGUCCGUACAUCGAAGAUGCCGCUGUCUGUCCACCGGCUCAUCAUCAACGCGCUUGGCAGGCUUCCUCAGAGGGUGCUGUGGAAGCAGGAUGGGGAGCAGAACAUGACGGAUAUACCGGCUAAUGUCAGGCUGUACAAGUGGCUGCCGCAGCAGGACUUGUUGGGUCACCCAAAGAUCAAGGCGUUCGUCACUCACGGGGGGCUACUCAGCAUGUUCGAAACUGUCUACCACGGGGUGCCCAUAGUCACAAUCCCAGUAUUCUGUGACCACGACGCCAACGCCGCGAAAGCUGAAAUCGACGGCUACGCGAAAAAGCUAGAACUACAGCACUUAACAUCGGAAAAGCUUUACGAAGCCAUCAAAGAAGUUAUAAACGUGCCAAAGUACAAGGUAGAAGUGAAAUACCGACAAACACUUUUAAGAGACCAGAAGGAAACGCCUUUAGAACGCGCUGUGUACUGGACUGAGUACGUCAUUCGCCAUAAAGGAGCGUACCACCUCCAAUCGCCAGCCAAAGAUUUAAACUUCAUCCAAUAUUACUUACUAGAUGUCGCCGCUUUAGCUAUUCUUGUAGUUUUCACAACAGUAUCACUUAUUACCUAUGUCGUAAGGGUCGGAUUCAAAAGGUUAGUCAAAUAUGUGCAGAAUAGACAGAUGAACCAGUUGCUGGAUAAGUCCAACGAUUUGUUAAAGCGGUCGAAGAAACUUAUCGACCACACGGCGAUGUCGAAGAAACAUUUGUAAAAUUAUUGAAAAUUAGGUAAAAGGUACAAUAUUUUUUUUAAAGGCAUAAUUAUGCUUGGAGGUUUAUUUUGUACAUAUUAAAAUCCAGUGCAAUGAAAAUUGUUGUGUAAGAAAAAGCAAUAAAAUUCUUCAGGAGUAGGUGUCAUUAGGCUGGAAACUAAAAGACAUAGGUAUUUUUUGUAAUUUGUAUAAUCUUUCUUAGAAACAUCGAUGGCGUGAUUACCUAAUUGAGAGCGUCAUCUGUUGACCACUAGAAGAAAUAUGCUUUGUUGUCUUAUUUCUGAUCCUAUGUGUUUGCCUCUAUUUAUCUCGAAAUCGAACUUUUUAUGCGGAAGUGCACGAAUGGUUUCGGGCAAAAGUUACGUAUAAAAUUUCCAUUAAUUAGCUUCGUUCGUGUUUAUGUUGAAAAGUCAAUAGAUACAGCUAGUUAAAAUAGCGGGAAGGAAAUUUGUAUUAUUCUUUGUACAAAACUACACAAUAAACAAUGUCUGUUCUUAACUGAAGCCAACAUUGCGAUACGAAAAGUAACGUAUUCUGUAGAUAGUAUCCUUAAAAAACUUACUGGAAAACUCGAUUUUUUUAAGGAUAGAAACGGGUGAUGAGAUUGAGAGCAAAAGCCAGCUGUGCUAAUUAUAUAUUAUUUUAUUCUAGGGAUAGGAUAAUCGUGAUAAUUAAUAUGUUCGCUCAAAAAUGCCUUGUAAUAAUAAUGUGAAAAGUAUUUCGGUAUAGUGUAGGUACAUCCAUUCGGAUCGUUUAUAUAUCCAAAUAAAUACAGAUGUACACUUAUUAUAUUUAUAGUUUUGGUGAAAUUUAUAUUUAAUCUAAGCAAAGUGACAAAUAGAUAAAAAUACCCAGUUUCAUACUCUAAAUCUAAAUGACCAAGUGAUAUGAUUUAUAUUACCUUUUUUUAGUUAAAUAUACAAAAGGGAAAUAAAACUAUAAUGUAUAUAGAUAAUAGAUUUAUAAUAAAUCCUUGGUGGCCUAAUGAAAAUGACUGUAUAUAAUAUGACUAGUUACUAAUAUGGAGUUACCAUUAGAGAUUAUAAAUAUACCUACGAUUGUUACCAUGAUUUGACAGGGUACUCGGAACAAGGUAUGCACUUACACAUACCUACACAAUUUUCAAAACACAGUAAUUAUUCCGUUUAAAAGAACCUGUUAGAGUUAGACAAGAUAAUUGUGCAACGAUUUUGAUUGCACACGCAGUGCAAGUGUUAUUCACACGUCGUAACUUCAUAGAAGUUUGACGUUUAAAAUAACACUUGCACUGCGUAUGCUAUCAAAAUCAUUACAGACUUUUCUUGGUCUAACUCUAGAGGGGGAGAGGUAGUGUUGUGAAUAACGCUCAUUUCGCUUAAAGACUCGAACCCUGAAGACUCUCGAGGCUUAACGCCUCAAAGGCGGCAAAGACGAUUUCUUUUCGACGAUUCUUACAUCCCUACGCGUAAAAUAAAUAAAUACAAUUCUCCAAUACAGUCGAGUCUUCAAGACUUACGAGUCUUGAGGGCUCGAGUGUUUAAGCCUAAAAAUAAGCGUUAUUCACAACACUGGGGAGAGGCCGUUGCCCAGCAGUGGGACACUAUAACGGGCUAUUAAAAAUACUCUAGUAGUAUAUUAUAGUAAGCAUAAGAAUCCUUCUCUGAUGGAAAGCCUCAAAUAUCUCACCACAAUGAGUGGUUUAACUGGUACAAAAGACAUAAUAAACUGUGAGCAAAGGUUGUGUGUACCUGCCUUGUUUUUUGUAAAUAUUUUAUUGUUUAAGUUUGGAAAUAAGUUAAGUUUAAAAAAUAAACAAAUAAAUGUGAGUUGAACUCAA